AUCAAGGCAUCUUCACUCCAUAGGUGGUUGUGGUAGUGAAUGGAACUAGGAAACACGCCAAAGAGCUGUGGUGUCAGAUUGGAGAAGACUGAGACUCUUACCAGACUGUUGUGAAGAAGUAGUGUGUUAAGAAGCAGCUGGAGUGAUGGUUCAAACGCUUCAGGAGGCCCUGGAGGACUCGGAGAUAUUCCGAGGCCUACAACACCACCCCAGGACCUUCAGGUUCACGGAGGAGGUGAGGGUGGUGCUGACGGUGGUGGACCGGCCGCCUCACCUUUACGUAAAGGAACAGGAUGAUGGCAGCCUCAGUGUAUCGGGACCCAUGGCUAAUGUCCUCCAUGUUAUGGCGAGCUCACUCAACUUUACGUACCAUCUGAUCAGACCCGUUGACAAAAUAUAUGGCAGUGAGUUGGACAAUGGGACCUGGUCUGGUAUGACAGGUCACAUCGUAAGGAAGGAAGCAGACAUUGCUUUAUCACCAUAUAGUCGUAGUGUGGAAAAGAAUAAAUUCCUCGAGUAUACUCAUUCAAUAUACUAUGAUUUUCUACAAUUUGUUGCGGGAAAAGGUCAACCAGAAAUCGACCCGUGGGGAUUUCUGUUCCCGCUGGAUUCCGUAGUGUGGGCGGCACUGUUGGCAUCCCUGGUGAUAACUUGGUUGGCAAUGGUGGUGAUUGGCAGCAACAAUAAUGAAAAGGGUGUUGGAUGCUUCACAUGGAUCACUGACUUAUUUCUAGAACAUCUAAGAGUAGCCCUUCGUCAAGACUUUUGCUUGGAGCAGCGACAUGGUAGUGAGAGGAUGUUGGUAUUAGGGUGGAUGGUUGUGACGAUGAUGGUGACGUGGAGCUACAGUGGCAACUUGGUCUCUCUACUGGCGGUGCGAUACAUCCCCAAGCCGUUACAGACCCUCAGGGACCUGCUCGACUCCUCCGUCACUCUGAUCAUGACUCGCAACGAUAUCUUCAGAAAUUUCCUUCUCACAGUGAAGAGUGGUGACCUGAAAGGUUUGGGGAAUCUAUACAAGGUGGGUCGGGUCAAAUACCAGUUAUCGAAAACCUUCCCGGACGUGAUGGAGAAUCUGGUCACCAAGGGUCACCACGUCCUCUUCAGCCCUGGCCUCGGUCUUGACCGACUCGCUGCCAACUACUUCGCAAACACAGGACGAUGUGACUUCUAUAAGAUGCGAAUGGCGCUGUUUCCCAUCACCCACUGCAUCAUCGGACUCAAAGGAAAUCUGCUCGUUCGUGCCAUGAGUUAUAGGGUGAGGGCCAUACUGGAGUCUGGGCUGUACGACCACUGGUUGAUGAGCAGUAUCCCCUUCUCCACCGUGUGUCGCCAUGCGCCCUCCAUCAUCACAGUCAGGGAACCUCUCGCCAUCAACAAUCUCUGGGGGAUGUUGGUGUUACUGGGCGCAGGACUACUGCUGGCUCUGGUCACCUUCUGUCUGGAACUUUACGUCGACAAACGUUGCAGUGAUGGGGCCUUGUAAACCUCCACACCGUUAGAACCCCAUCACCCAGCACAACUGUAGCCACAUGAUGUACUGCGUUUGUGUCCCAGCUCUUACUCACCGUCACUGACGAGGUUGUGGGGAGUUGACUAACUGAUAUUCACCACUGUCGGGUAUCGUCGAGCUGACUACCAACGUAUGCAGUUGAUCAAGACAAUAAAAAUAUAAUUGUAUUACACCUUAUUUCUUAUGUACUUUAGAACAAGCAAGGUUAUUUUAAUAUCUAGAAAUAUUUUUUUUUAUUGUUCUGCACACCCGAAAUUUCCAUGUUAUAGCUACUCAGUACAGUGCCUCUGUAUGUUUUAUGAAGCCUACUGUAAAAUCUAAACGUAGUUAAGGUGUAUGUAUAAAUAUACUAUUAAACCAACA